GGGGAAACAGUUUAUGCACAGUCACACGGGAUUGAUCUGUUGCAGUACUUAACAAAGAUGCUAUUGCUGAGUCCUGCCCGAGACUACAUACAUGAAUGUAGACCUAUAUACAGGUAAACAACAUAGAGUAGGGGCCGCGGUGGCCGAGUGGUCAAGACAUCUGACCAUCUACAGUCACUAGCUCUCCACCACUUGGUUGCGGGUUUGAGAUCGACGUGGGGCAGCCGCCAGGUACUAGCCGCAGAAGAUGGGGUCCAGAUUGAGAGAAGCGAUUGCUCGUAACUUACGGAAGCCCGAGGCCACGAUUAUUGGACGACUAGUGAAGAAAAUUGCAUUGGAAAAGAUGAAUUGCUUUUUAGAACUAGAAGCUGUGCGUCUAUGUGACAUACAGCCAGAUCACCAAGUAUUGGAGGUCGGCUUUGGACCAGGUAUCGGGAUCCAGGCCACUUAUCACAUCGUCAAAGAUGGUAACGGCGAAGUUUAUGGUAUUGACUUCUCAGAAGAAAUGGUGCUUUCUGCGACAAGACUUUUGAGAAAAGGUAUUGGUGAAGGAAAGGUGUCCCUGAUCAAUGCUGAGGCAGCAGAUUUGUCUUGUUUCCAGUCCAAUACCUUUGACCGAGUUUUCCAUUGUAACUGUUACUAUUUCUGGCCAGACAUGACCAAGGCUACAAACGAACUCCAUCGUGUAAUGAAACCAGGUGCUACGAUGGUAACAACCAUGAAUCCUGAGCGUCUGAAGAUCUCCCAGUCUCGGGGAUUCUUUAAAUAUGGAAACCCAGACCAGCGACCCUAUAUAAAGGCAUUACAAUCAAGUGGGUUCUGUGGUGUGCAGUUAAAAACACUUAAACAUGAAAGUUCUGGUGCCAGUUUUGAUGCCAUAUUUGCCAAAAAACCUGGAUUCUGAAAUUAUUUAAUUAUGAUGGGUU